CUGGUGACGUACCUUCCUUAAAGUGCUUCGCCGUACUUAAGGCAAGUACCCGGGAGCAGCCUCGCCUUCCUCGACCAACUCAACUUCCACAUCGUCUCCUCACUUUCUUUAACUCUACAUAUACCACCAACAUCUGGUCCCAUCCAUCUUGCAGCCUAGUUGUUCUGUGUAAUAUCGCCAUGGGCAACGUUGAGCCCAAUGGCUGGCGCAUGGCCUCAGACCGAGCUCGUGGUGGCCCUGGUGGCCGCGGUGCGAAGAGGUUUGCUCAAACGAAGUCGAUGCAAUCCAUCAAGGCUCUUCAAACCCAGCAGCGCGAUGAGGAAGAGGAGAAGCUCACGAGAGAACGCGAAGAGUCGGCGCAGCUUGAGGUAAGCCCGAGAGGCACUUACUUCAUCGCGGAUCUGACGAGUGCCCAGGGUGCGUUCAUCAUCGCCAGCGACAGCCUUGUACCCGAUGAGAUUAAAGAAGAAGGUUUCUUCGACCAGAUCGCCAAAGAUACUGGUUGUACUAUUGAGGAGUCAACUCUAACAGGUGUUCCUUUUAUGCUCAUUCUGCGUAGUCAGGACAAGAUGCAAAUGGACGCUGCACACAAUGCCAUAGCCAACAGGCUACACAUUCUGCGCCAGAUUCAGCGUUCCUUCUCGCGAACCCUGUUCCUCCAGCCACCCGCACGGUCAGAUUGGACUGCAAUGAUCUCCUUGGAGGUGUCAGAGAGACCGUUUGUCAUUGGCAAGAACCUGCUGCGUGGACCUCCUGCUGCCGAGCACCCGGCGGUCAUGUCAAGUCUCCUGGAUCGGCUUGUUAUUGACGUUCCCAAUGCCGCCUAUGGCGCCAUGAACCUACCAUCAGCGCAGUUCCUGGAAAUGCGAAUUUCGUUCGGUCGGCUUAAUAUUGAAAAGAGGAGAAAGGAUGUGCCAGAUGAGCUGUCCUACCGGUCCUUUGAGAAAGCCCUCCAAUUCUACCAGAACCGCGGCCAUGCCGCCGCUCUUGCAACACGGUUGGCAGACCUGCAAAAUGUAGACGAGGCCAUCAAGUUGCUCACUUGCCGCGGAGGUCCCGGCUUGCCCAUGGACGAGUGCACCAGACGAAACGAGCUGAUCACGACCAUUCUAGAGAGCGAGAUGCACAGCGAACUACGGGCUGUGAUCCUCGAGAAACGUCUGGGUAACGAAAGGCUAGAACAGCCGGUCGCUGUGCCACACCUAGACUGGUGCGCGAUUGCGCCAGAAGAAGACUUCGACUGGAUGCUUCGCAUCAACUCAACAAUCAGUCAAGAGAUGCCCACUCGCUGUAACGAGUACCUGAAGAAUAUCAGCUUCGAGUGGAGCAAAGACGAGCCAAUGGAGGCAUUUGAGCUUCUCAAGCCUCGACUGAAUCGCCCUUGGACGGUCAAGGGUCUCGACAUCAUCAAAACCUGCGUCAAAAGCUCUCUGAUCGUUCCAUUAGCGGGCACACAAUACGUAGUCGAGGUCAGCGCGACUCGCCAGUGGGAUGACAAGCUCCAAGCUGAGCCCCUGACGACCUGGAGUAUCGAGAUGUACUCGGAGCAUUGGGAGGAGGCCAUGAAUCUAAGCGGUAGAGAUGGCCGUGACUGGGGCUCGGAUUUCAAAGACGUGUGGCAUGAGGAGGCGCCCGGCCAGAGUCUCCGUCAGAGGCUUGAACAAUUCGUUCGUUGCAUCCUGACAGUGCAGGAUACACUCCGCGGCUUGAGUACUGCAGAGCAAGUACACGACAACAGUGAGAAACAACGAGGGAUUCAAGAGGAGACGGAGAAAACCAACCACGAUCUGAUCGACCUGGACUUCACCGAACCCCCCGAGGCGCUCACCAGCCCUAGAAAGGCUUCAGACGCUAUGUCAACCAUGUUCGAAAAUAUGGAUCUGGGCAGCGGACACGAAGAAAAAGACAGCGACCGCGAAACCGAUUCGUCCGAGGACUUGAUCGAGCUUUGAGAUUCCAAAAUUCUCAAUCGGCACGUCCGUAGCACGGGUGCUUCAUGAAAACAAUGGGAAGGUGCGGAGUUGGAGUUGAAAAGUUUUAUUGAUAUAUUUUCAUGCGGCUUGCGCUUGUUCUCCCUGGGCCUGCUGGGCCAUGAUCUUCUGCCUUAGUACUGGGAGCUAUUGUUAGCGGCGAGAACCCGGGGAAGAAAUUAUGUAACUCAGACUUGCCCUCCUCAAUCGUCCGUGCGUUUUGCUGUUUCCGUUGCACAAUGGUCUCGAGAUCUUUCAGGUUGUUUGUGAGGUCUGUGACCUUGUUCUCGUAGAAUUUUGCAGCCGAUUUGAGGUCCUGUGCCUGCGUGAGUAUCCCUCUACAU